GGGCGAGUGAAGCUAAUGCUGUGGAGUUCUCUACUAUGCGACCAUCUCCACUCUUCCAUUUUUUAAGUGGGAGACGACGCCUGCUUCGCUUCCUUCUCUCUCAUUCGUUCUUUCCCUCCCACCCCCUUCUCUUUUCACUUUCUUGAACUGGCUUCUUUAUACCUUCGUUGUAACCUUCCUUCCAGGAGCUUUUCUUUAUCCUUCCUCCCGUUUUAUCUUCACACCAAGUAGUCUAGGCUGAGAGUGUUUGACUGGCCCAGAGUCACUCACGGCUGAGCGGGAAAUUGAACCCGGCUCUUCCGGGCCUUCGUCAAGCCCCCUAUACCACACUGACAGUGUUGCACGUUGUAGAGUCAUGCUUUUCAGACCUGAAGCCUUUCUUUAACUCUAGACUGAAAACUGGAUGUGCCUUUAAGCUUUUUAUUCUAGAUUUCUGCAUUUUUUCCUCUUUUCUAUCAGUCUAUCUGUUUUCUUCCCUUUCUGCUUGUGUAUCAGAUGCUGGGAACAACUGGAGAGAGCUGUGGCCUUUGUGCUUCCCAGAAGCAAUCUGGCUGCCUACUGUCAAAAACAAAAUGGAUUUUCUGGUUUCUGUAUCCACUCAAAUUUGAUACAUCUAAUAACCUGCAAUCAAUCUGAAGCAGAACAGUCUUAGAAGACUACAGCUGUGUCUCCACAUCUUCAGUUAACUUUUUUGAUACUCAUUGCACUGCUUUACAAUUUCUGUGCAAAUGUAAUUUAUAUUGCUUGCAAUUGGAGUACACUACAAUGUAAUUAGGAAAGAGAAUGAGCCUUCUUUACAUAUCGUUUUGAUUAAUUUUAACAGAGAGGACUUGCUCUUAGGCCUAUGAAUGCUUUUAGGAAAUUGUUAAAAUGAUCAUUUAUUCAAAGAAGGGAAACACUUUCUGCUGUUGUCUCAAAUAUAGAUAAGCCUACUUUAUUUUCGUGCUUUUGCUUCAUUGUCUUUCUGUCGCUAUGGCAGCUGCUACUAUAGUUCAUGACACGUCAGAAGCAGUAGAGCUUUGUGCUCCUUAUGGGUUGUACCUUAAGCCCAUUACAAAAAUGACUAUCAGUGUGGCGCUUCCUCAGUUAAAGCAGCCAGGAAAGUCUAUUUCCAACUGGGAAGUGAUGGAAAGGCUGAAAGGAAUGGUGCAAACACAUCAGUUCUCAACCUUACGGAUUUCUAAAAGCACCAUGGAUUUCAUCCGCUUUGAAGGAGAGGUAGAAAACAAGUGUCUGGUUAAAUCCUUCCUUGCUUGCCUGGAUGGCAAAACUAUAAAACUUAGUGGCUUUUCAGACAUUUUAAAAGUCCGUGCUGCAGAAUACAAAAUUGAUUUUCCUACUCGACAUGACUGGGAUUCAUUUUUUCGUGAUGCAAAAGAUAUGAAUGAAACUCUGCCAGGAGAAAGGCCAGACACUAUUCAUCUGGAGGGCUUACCUUGUAAAUGGUUUGCACUGAAAGACUCUGGCUCAGAAAAACCAAGUGAAGAAGUUCUUAUUAAGGUGUUUAGUAAAUUUGGGGAAAUACGGAAUGUGGACAUACCCAUGUUGGACCCAUAUAGGGAAGAGAUGACUGGCAGAAACUUUCAUACGUUCAGUUUUGGAGGUCAUUUGAAUUUUGAAGCUUAUGUUCAGUAUGAGGAAUAUGCAGGUUUCAUCAAGGCUAUGAACGCUUUGCGAGGAAUGAAGCUGAUGUACAAAGGUGAAGAUGGCAAAGCAGUGGCUUGUAACAUAAAGGUUUCAUUUGAUUCAACAAAACACCUGAGUGAUGCUUCAAUUAAGAAACGUCAGCUUGAAAGGCAGAAGCUCCAAGAGCUUGAAAAACAGAGAGAAGAACAAAAACGUAAAGAAAAAGAAGCAGAAGAAAGACAAAAAGAGGAGGAAAGGAAACAGAAAGAACUUGAGGAAUUGGAGAGAGAGAGAAAAAGAGAAGAGAAAUUACGCAAAAGAGAACAGAAACAAAAAGAUCGUGAAAUCCGUAGAAACAAAAAGAGGCUUGAAAAACUACAAGCUGAAGAGCAAAAGAAACUGCAAGAAAAAAUAAAACUUGAGGAGAGGAAGCUUCUCUUAGCUCAGAGAAACCUCCAGUCUAUUCGAUUAAUCGCUGAACUGCUGAGCAGAGCCAAGGCAAUAAAGCUUCUGGAGCAGGAGCACAGUGAAGAAAAAUUCCGCCUUCAGCAGCUGGAAGAGAGGAGGAGGCUGCAAGAAGCUGAACUCCGACGGGUAGAGGAGGAAAAAGAGAGGGCUCUUGGCCUGCAGAGAAAAGAGAGAGAGUUAAGAGAGAAACUGUUGAGCAAUCUCAUGAACAAGAAGAUAGAAGCCAGUGAUCUGAAAAAAAUUGAGCCUAAUGCACUGCAGUCUAUUCCUUUGAAAGCUCUGGUAGGUAUUCCCCAUUCCAUCACAUCUGCCUCUGUACAGCCCCUCUUGGCCAAACCAAUUCAGCUCUGUCAAAGCGGCACAACAGCUAAUGAAAGAAUGAGCCCUCAGCCAAAGUACUUAAAUGGGAGCCUUCAUGAGGAAGUUCUCAUCAAAGACCCUAAAAUUAAUGUCAGUAACAGGGACACCGUUUCUGAUGAAAGUAGUUCAGGUGUCCUUUUAUGUAUCCCUACAAAUCAACAACACCAGACCACACCAGACCAUGAGCAGAACAUCCACAAGAAGGACUUGCUGUCUGAGCAAGGCAAGUGUAAUAGAGAGCCAAGCAAGGGGAAGACUCAUUCAUGCAGAGACAUGGGUAACCUUCAUAGCAAAGAUAAAAUUGAAAAAAGCAGGCACAGAAGAGACUUGAGUAGUGAUGAUGAAAAAUAUAGAAAAGAAAGGCGCCUCCACAAGAAGUACUCUACAAAAGGUAGCAGUCCUCACCAGAGGAGCUUAAGUCGAGAACAUGCACGACAUAAGAGAUCUUCUAGUAGUGACAGGGAGCAGGAUAAAAGAGGACGCAGUCAUGGUCACAAAAGUGCAAGCAAGAAACAAAAACACCGCAAGAGAUCUUUGAGCAACCAGAGAAGCACUUGGAGUAGGUAAUAAAGGACUUGGCCUUGUGUAAGGGCUAUCUCAGAAA